AUGGCUACCCAUUCGACAGAAGAGCCGUUCCCCUUUCACGGGCUGCUUCCCAAAAAGGAGACAGGCGCCGCCAACUACCUAAGCCGGUUUCCUGAGUGUGAUGGCCGAGGGGUUCUCAUUGCGAUUAUGGACACGGGCGUCGACCCAGGGGCGCCCGGCAUGCAGGUGACAACUGAUGGGAAACCAAAGAUUGUUGAUAUCAUUGAUACAACAGGCAGUGGUGACGUGAACAUGUCCACAGUGGUGGAACCGAAAGAAGGGACAAUAACUGGCCUCUCUGGUAGAAUAUUGAAGAUCCCUCCUGCUUGGGUCAACCCAUCAGGGAAGUAUCACAUUGGAGUUAAAAAUGGCUAUGAGUUCUUCCCUAAGGCCCUUAAAGAAAGAAUACAGAAAGAGAGAAAGGAGAAAAUGUGGGACCCAGCACAUAGAGCAGCAUUAGCUGAAUGCUGUCGCAGGACAGAGGAGUUUGAUCUCUCACACCCAACUCCAUCACAGGCAGAAAAGUUAGAGAAGGAAGAGUUGCAAAGUCAAUCAGAGCUGCUGGUUUCUUUAGAAAAAAAAUACAGUGAUCCUGGCCCUGUAUAUGACUGUGUUCUUUGGCAUGAUGGUGUCACCUGGAGGGCUGUAAUGGACACCUCUGAGUGUGGUGAAUUGUCACAGUGCAUUGUCCUGAGCUCCUACAGAGAGUCACAAGAGUAUGCAACUUUAGGAAAUGCUGAAAUGCUGAACUACUCCGUCAAUAUUUAUGAUGAGGGAACCACACUCUGCAUUGUCACUAGUGGAGGAGCUCAUGGGACACAUGUUGCAAGCAUCGCAGCAGGGUACUUUCCAGAAGAACCAGAGCGUAAUGGGGUAGCACCUGGCGCUCAAAUCUUAGCUCUGAAGAUUGGAGACACCCGACUCAGUACAAUGGAAACUGGCACAGGACUUAUUCGAGCGAUGAUUGAAGUGAUCAACUACAAGUGUGACCUGGUUAACUACAGUUAUGGGGAAGCCACCCACUGGCCCAAUUCAGGGAGGAUUUGUGAGGUUAUCACAGAGGCUGUCCAAAAGCACAAUGUCAUAUUUGUUUCAAGUGCAGGUAACAAUGGCCCCUGCCUCUCCACAGUUGGGUGUCCUGGAGGAACCACCAGCAGUGUCAUUGGGGUUGGAGCCUAUGUGACCCCAGACAUGAUGGUGGCUGAGUAUUCCCUGAGGGAGAAGCUGCCCCCCAAUCAGUACACCUGGUCCUCCAGGGGCCCCAGUACAGAUGGAGCACUGGGGGUCAGCAUAAGUGCCCCUGGUGGGGCUAUUGCAUCUGUCCCCAACUGGACACUGCGUGGUACCCAGCUGAUGAAUGGCACAUCUAUGUCAUCCCCCAAUGCCUGUGGAGGCAUUGCUCUCAUCCUCUCUGGAUUAAAGCAGCAAGGGAUACACACCUCUGUUCCUGGAGUGAGGCGAGCACUGGAAAACACAUCGCUGAAGGUUGAUGACAUUGAGGUGUUUGCACAGGGCCAUGGAAUCAUUCAGGUGGACAGGGCAUUAGACUACCUCAUACAAAACGCCUCCUUACCCACCAGGUAUCUGGGUUUCUCAGUCACUGUGGGUACACAGAGGGGCAUCUACCUCAGGGAACCAGCGCAACUUUUGUCCCCCUCAGACCACGGAGUAGGAAUAGAACCGAUCUUCCCAGAAAACACAGAAAACACUGAGCGGAUAUCAUUGCAGCUACAUUUGGCCCUCACAUGUGCAGCACCAUGGGUUCAGUGCCCAGCUCAUUUAGAGCUGAUGAACCAAUGUCGUCAUGUCAAUGUCCGUGUAGAUCCAUUGGGCCUGCGGGAAGGCGUCCACUACACGGAGGUAUGUGGCUAUGACACAGCGGCGCCUGGUUGUGGGCCACUGUUUAGAGUCCCCAUCACAGUUAUUAUUCCCACCAAGGUAAAUGAGAGUCGAAACUACGAGCUGUGCUUCAAAGAUGUUCACUUCAGACCAGGACAGAUAAAACGCCACUUUAUCACUGUGCCUCAGGGAGCCUCCUGGGCAGAGAUCACGCUGACUUCUCAUUCUGGAGAUGUGUCCUCAAAGUUCGUUUUGCAUGCGGUGCACCUCGUCAAACAGAAAGCGUACCGAGCAAAUGAAUUCUACAAGUUCUCGUCACUCUUGGAAAAAGGCUCAUUAACUGAGGCCUUCUCUGUGCUGUCAGGCAAGGUUGUUGAACUGUGCAUUGCACGUUGGUGGGCAAGUCUGGGAGAUGUCACAGUGGACUACAACAUCUCAUUUCACGGGCUCCAUGUUUCUCCUUCACCACUGCACAUUCAUGCGUCAGAGGGUGUUACAAAUUUUGAUGUGUCAUCGCCGUUGAGGUAUGAGGAAGUGUCUCCGACUAUCACCCUCAAGUCUUGGGUUCAGCCUCUCAGGCCCAUAAAUUCAAAGAUAAAGCCAUUGGGACGGAGGGAUGUUCUGCCUAACAACAGACAACUUUACGAGAUAAUUCUCACCUACAGUUUUCACCAGCCAAAGAGUGGUGAGGUCACCCCCAGCUGCCCAUUGCUGUGUGAACUGCUAUAUGAGUCUGAGUUUGACAGUCAGCUGUGGAUGCUAUUUGAUCAAAACAAAAGACUACUAGGGUCAGGGGAUGCCUAUCCACAUCAGUAUUCUCUCAAGUUGGAAAAGGGCGACUACACAGUGCGCCUGCAGGUGCGCCAUGAGUUGUCCAGUGAGCUAGAGCGCCUUAAAGACCUGCCGUUUGUUGUCUCCCAUCGUCUAUCUGCCACCCUCAGCCCCGAUGUCUACGAGACACACCGCGUGGCGCUCAUGGCCAAGAAGAAAGCAAAUUCUGUCACUUUGUCACCAGGGUCCUCACAAAAUUUCUAUGUCACAGCCUUGCCAGAUGACAAGAUUCCCAAAGGUACAAGUCCAGGAUGCUAUCUUUCAGGGUCUCUUGUUGUGGCGAAGAGUGAAUAUGGCAAGAAAGCAGGGCAGUCCUCUGCAAAACGACAAAGAAAGUUUAAAAAGGAUAUUGUUUCAGUCAUCUACCACUUAAUCCCCACACCCAACAAAGCAAAGAAUGGAGGGAAGGAGAAAGAUAAGGAUGCUGACAAAGAAAAAGACCUCAAAGAGGAGUUUGCUGAAGCGAUGAGAGAUUUGAAAAUUCAGUGGAUGACAAAGUUGGAUUCCUGCUCACUCUAUGAUGAGCUGAGGGAAAAGUACUCUGAUUAUCUUCCACUGCAUGUUCAAAGAUUACAUCAGUUGGACUCUGAAAAGGAGCGUGCGAAACGUCUUGGAGACGUGGUCUCAGCAGCUGACAUGGUUAUCUCCCACAUUGACCAGACAGGACUGGCUGUUUACUUCACCAUGAAAACGGACCCUCGACCUGAUGCUGCUUCAAUUAAGACUGAUAUGGAGAAGCAGAGGUCAUCCCUGCUGGAUGCGCUGUGCAGGAAGGGCUGCGCUCUGGCCGACCAGCUCGUGACCGUCGCACCUCAGGAUAGCGCCGGCGCUGUUGCCACAGCCCAAGCCAACACCGAAGAAGUUGGUGAAAAGGAGGCGAGUAGUUCUGACGAUGCACCGCAGAGCUUAGCCAACAGUCUUACGGAAACCUUUUGGGAGGUCCAGAAGUGGGCAGAGCUGACAGACUCGAAGGUGCUGAUGUUUUCCUACAAACACGCCCUUGUGAACAAAAUGUAUGGCAGAGCCUUAAAAUAUGCUUCCAAGAUGGUAGAGGAGAAGCCAAGCAAAGAGAACAUGAAGAAUUGCAUCCAACUCAUGCGGCACCUCAAAUGGAUGCACUGUGCCACCUUUACUGAAAACUGGCUUCCGGUUAUGUACCCUGCAGACUACAGUCCCUUCUAG